AUGCUUAAUUGUCACACUAGGUUCAGUGGUGGACAUCCAUUGGAGUUGUAUGUUUGUUUUCACGAGGCAGAGGAAGUUUAUCCCACGCAAUCGUCCCAAACACAUCAAUAUCAACAAAGCCAGUCCUCCCUACACGGGGAGCCAUCCCAAACCCAACAUGUCGAGCAAUUGUUUCCGGAAGAAGAUGUUGAUGAUGAUAGCGACUCUGAUGAUGCCAGACAACUUGAUUUGUUUGGUGGUUCUAGUGACGAUUCAGGUGACGAAAUUAUUCCCGUCUCCCAACCUUCUCCAGUACUUGAUUUAUACAACCCACCAUAUCACAUGAGAAAUCAUGUUUCCUUCGAUUCUACUGUGCCUGUCUUUGAUUCCAUAGACGACGGUCAUGAUUGUGGAGGUUUAGAGGAGGGCAUGAAGUUUGAAAACAAAGAAAGUUGUAUGUAUGCAAUCCGUCAAUAUCACAUUAAAAAUAGUGUUGAUUACGAGAUUAAUAAGUCUGAUACGCAGCGUUUCUUGGUUAGAUGUAAGAUCAAAGGAUGCGGCUUCACAUGUAGAGCAUCAUUACGAAAGGGGUGUGGUAAAUGGGUUAUUGGUAGAAUUGGUGGACUACACACUUGCAUGGCAUCUGCUAUGUCACAAGAUCACAGCAAGCUUGACUCAAAUCUUAUCGCUCAAAGCAUCAGAGCUCUUGUCAGCGACGACGCUUCAAUCAAGGUGAAAACUAUUAUCGCUCAUGUUCGUACAGCUUUCAACUACACGAUAUCUUAUAAAAAGGGAUGGCUUGCAAAGAACAAAGCAAUCAAGUCUAUUUAUGGAAACUGGGAGGCUUCAUACAACGACCUACCGCAAUGGUUGUUAGUCAUGCAAGAGCAUCUUCCUGGAACCGUAAUAGAGUUGGAAACACUGCCUGCAUAUUUAGAUGAUGGAACACAAAUUAGUGGUGCACGAAUUUUCCAUCGCCUUUUUUGGGCGUUUCAACCAAGUAUCAGAGGUUUCGCCUAUUGCAAACCAAUUGUACAAGUCGAUGGCACAUGGCUGUAUGGAAAAUAUAGAGGAACGUUGCUAAUGGCUGUUGCGCAAGAUGGGAACGGUAACAUUUUCCCAAUCGCCUACGCAUUGGUUGAAGGUGAAACAGGAGGGGCUUGGAGUUUUGUUCUUCAACCUUUAAACUCAUUCUUUUUUUAUACUAAUAUUUUUAAUAUUGCAUAUACAGGGUAUGCUCUGACGGAGUCUACAUACGCUUACUAUCGGGAGGAAAUCCGACAAACAGACAUGGAAGCUUUCAACUGGAUAGAGAAUCUUCCAAGAGAAAAAUGGUCGCGAGCUUAUGACGGUGGAAGACGAUGGGGUCACAUGACAACCAACCUUGUGGAAUCAUUGAACUCGGUGAUGAAGGAAACAAGGAAUUUACCAAUUACAGCACUGGUAAGGUCAACAUACUACAGGAUGGGCACAUUGUUUGGGAGGCGAGGUCAUAAUUGGACAAAAAUGUUGUCAUCAAAGAAGGAUUUCACGGAUAAUUGCAUGAAAGAGAUGCAAAAAGAAGUAGAAAAAUCUCACAGUUAUAAUGUCCUGAGUUUUGAUCGUGAGAGAAACUAUUUCGUCGUCCAAGAGACAGUUAAUAAUAACGAGUGCCGGCCACUUACUUAUUAUAACGUCGACCUCCAAAAACAAACAUGUGACUGUGGGAAAUUUCAAACUUUUCAUGUGCCCUGCUCGCAUGCCAUUGCAGCUUGUUCUCAUGUCCGACUCAAUUAUCAGAUGUUUAUCCCUCCUGUAUUUAGAGUUCGAAAUAUCUUCAAGGUAUACGAACAAAGCUUCAUCGGUGUUCCCAAAGAAGAUCAAUGGACUCCUUAUCAAGGUGAUAUUCUUUUACACAAUGAAAGAAUGCGACGAAACAAAAAAGGUCGCCCAAACAGCACUCGCAUUAGGACUGAAAUGGACACCGUUGAGAAAGUAAAAAGACGAUGUGGAAUCUGUCAAGGAUUACAUAUGCGGAAAAAGUGUCUGCAUCGGCCAAAUGCAGCUGGCCCUUCUAACUAG